UCCCGCGGGGAGAGGAAGAGGCUGCUCGAGGACGAUGUGGCCAGGGCUGCUCCCUAGUGCAUCUUCUGCCCGGGUCCCCGCGGCCGUCCCUCUUCUCUGCUCGCUCCAUCCCACCAAGAGGAGUUGAUACUGCGAUCGCCGCCGCCGCCUCCGAAGCCGCGGCUGAUGGAUGCCAGGGAGUGCCGCAUUGCUUAGCGUCCCCGCCUCCGGGUUUGCUGGUAGGAGCCGGCUGCUCUUUCUUCUCUCUUGCUUGGGGCAUUGUAGAAAAGACGCUCUCUCUCCCCCGCCUCGAGCUCAGCGCGCUGAAGAGCCACCUUAUUAUUAAUCAGAAUUUCCAUCGUUAUCCCUGGCAGGAGCAUCGUUCCGUAGGGAUCGCAGAAGCAUCACAGUGCUGGGGCUGAGAUGUGCGUGGGGGUUGUUUUUGUACCAUCUCGGAAGAGAAGAGGACGGUACCAAGAUCAGCACCCCCUGUGCUGGGUGCAAUUAGGGGUGUUUUGUUAGGAGAGAGAGAGGACAAGAAGAGGGGUCCUGGGCCACCGGAGGGCCGCAUCUCUUUGGAGGAAAAGGAAGAGGGAACCGGGGCAGGACGUUGUUUUUAAGGUGGGGUGGGGAAAGAAGUUCCUAUCUUUCAGAGAAAAGCCAGGGAAGCAGGAGCAACAGGGUGCUUGAUUGGACACCAAGACAAAUCAUUUCCUGUAAAGAAGAGGAAGCAGGCAGCAGGGAGGUCUGGAGGCUGGAGUGUGGUGGUGGCCAGGGCCAGCUUGGUGGUGGGACAGUCAGCGAGAGAGGGGCAAGGCUCAGGAACACGCAGGACAAUGACUCAUUUACAAGCGGGUCUCUCUCCUGAGACCCUGGAGAAAGCCCGCCUGGAGCUCAACGAGAAUCCGGACACGCUGCACCAGGACAUCCAGGAGGUGAGGGACAUGGUCAUCACUAGGCCGGACAUUGGCUUUCUCCGCACAGAUGAUGCCUUCAUCUUACGCUUCUUGCGGGCUAGGAAGUUUCAUCACUUUGAGGCCUUCCGCCUCCUGGCCCAAUACUUUGAGUACCGGCAGCAGAACCUGGACAUGUUCAAAAGCUUCAAGGCCACUGACCCUGGGAUCAAGCAGGCACUGAAGGAUGGUUUCCCUGGGGGCCUGGCCAAUCUGGACCACUAUGGCAGGAAGAUUCUAGUCCUUUUCGCUGCCAACUGGGAUCAGAGCAGGUACACGCUGGUGGAUAUUUUGCGUGCCAUCUUACUUUCUUUAGAAGCCAUGAUUGAAGAUCCUGAGCUUCAGGUGAAUGGAUUUGUUUUGAUCAUAGACUGGAGUAACUUCACCUUCAAGCAAGCUUCUAAACUGACACCAAGCAUGCUGCGCUUGGCUAUCGAAGGCCUUCAGGAUAGUUUCCCAGCACGAUUUGGAGGAAUUCAUUUUGUUAACCAACCAUGGUACAUCCAUGCCCUGUACACCGUGAUCCGGCCUUUCCUGAAGGAGAAGACUCGGAAAAGGAUAUUUUUGCAUGGUAACAACCUGAACAGUCUACACCAACUAAUUCAUCCUGAGAUUCUGCCCUCUGAGUUUGGAGGAAUGCUGCCCCCUUAUGACAUGGGAACCUGGGCAAGAACACUGCUGGACCAUGAGUACGAUGAUGACAGCGAAUACAAUGUGGACUCCUACAGCAUGCCUGUCAGGGAGGUAGAGAAGGAGCUGUCCCCCAAGUCCAUGAAGAGAUCCCAAUCAGUUGUGGAUCCUACAGUGCUAAAACGCAUGGAUAAAAAUGAGGAAGAAAACAUGCAACCUUUGCUCUCUCUGGACUGAUAGCUUCUCUACCCUCUCCAUGGAUUAGAAAUGGAAGGUACUUGUUUUCAGCACCAGGGCCAGCGCUGUGGAUGAAUUACCAGCUGGAAACGUAUUUAUUCAUGUUAAUGUAGCAUAAUAUAUAAUAAGGCAUCAGGCUUUCCCAUUUGCCUGAACCAUGGGUGCCCUGGUCUAGAUUUAAAGAAAAGUCAAUAAUUUAUUCUGUAAGUGCCAAGUUCUUUGUAAAUACAAUGUAAUCUUCACGUCAAGUUUGUAAAUUUUAGUAGUAACUUAAACUGGAAGAUUGGCUUCUGAGUCCAUGCCAGUGAUAUGAACUGUAACAAGACCAGAAAAGAUACAUAAACAAUCGAAGCUAAUUAAAUGUAGCCCUGUUUCCUAUGGAGCCAUAUUUCAGCUAUCAUAGUGAUUGUUUCAUUGUUUUCCUCUGAAACUCUCUGUCAUACUCAAAUGUAUGUUUAAUGGGCACAGGGAGCUAAAUGAUUCUAGGAAAUUAUUAUGAUAAAUGUAUUUCCUGUCUAGGGAUUUUCAGUUCACAGAAAAUGUACCCUAGUGACUAUCACUGGCCUUGAAUUUGAGAGGCAAGAAAUGGCAAAUAACCUGGUAAACUCAACACUUGAACUCUUCUAUGUUGUUUAGUUCCUGGAGUCUUGUGAAAAUAUAUGUUCCCCAAAGUAAGACGUGGAAUUCUGAAAGACAGUGGAUUCUUUAUAAACUACUAUCUUCACACUGUGUCCUUGACUCAAGAUCCCAUUAUAUGCCUGUCUGGUGUAAUUUAAGAACUUUAUCCUGAAAAACUCUUUGACCAAGAGAAAGAGAACCAAUACUUGAGUAGUGUUUGACAGCUAAUUUUGAACAGAAAAGUUGCCAAGUACUGAUAAGGGGCUAAUUUCUAACUCUUGUGGCUGGUUGAAAAAAUAUAUAUAUUCACACACACACACACACAUAUAUAUUUUUACUGAGCUUUGGUAAAUCUGUGAUGUGACAGGCUUACAAAAUAAAUCAUGCAUAUUCAAUGGUCUUAGAGAUGUUAUAGAUUAUUGUCUGAGAUGUUAACUCUGGAAAACCACUUCCACUAAAGUUAAUGAAAAUGAGGUAUUGUGAAACAGACUUCCUGUGAAUUUAUUUAAGGGAAUUCAAUUUAAUUUGUAAUGCAAUCUUGUAUCUGUGCCAUGUCAGUGAAAUAUAUUUUUUCUUCAAAAAAAAAAAAAA